AAUUGUCCUUUGACCAUCAUAAGCAUCUUCGACAGUAAGGCGUCUCUGGUGUUGGGUAUCUUCGUUGGAACAGGAGCUCUUUUGAUCCUAGCUCUGAUUUGCAGCGCGGUGCUCAGUGCAAGCAUUCGUCAGUCCGCCUCAUCUCCUCAGUACAUUGUCCUGACUCAGAACACCCCCGGCCUGGUUCCCCCGCAGCCAUUUCAGCACGUCGCCAGCUCCCACCCUGAUCAGGACCCGGUGGUCUUCACACCCCUUUCAGUGGUCAACAUCCCAGCRGCUCAAGCAUGAGUGCUCAUCAGUGUUUGUGCGCCCUGUUAUUUCAUUUUAUAAUAUUCCAACAUAAGCAAGUAAUUAGAAUAUCUCAACAAGGUGAUGGAAGUUCACAUUUUAAAAAGGGAAAAUCCACCCUAAAAAAUAAUUAUUCUUAAAACAAUAAAAAAAUGGGACAAACGUUGAGUUUUCUCCAUGCUCAAUAUCUGGUAAAUAUGAUAAACUGUUUCAGUCACUAUACUCCUACUUCACUGUGUGAAUGCUGAAUCAGCAAAAAAUACCCAUCUCUUGAAAUGUGCGUCAUCACACUUAGACUGCUUCUUUUAGCUUUAGAGUCUCAGUUUCAGCAUCAGUAAAUUUUUCACACUGUUUUUUCUCUGGUUAAUUAGAAAGUAGCUGCUGUUCUAAAAUUGACAUUUUUAUUUUUCAAYGUUCGUGAAACGGGGUUGGAUUUUAUCCUUCAAAAAUAUACUUAUUAGGGAUUCACCAAUACCAGUCGUAGGCAUUGGUCUGAUGCCAUGUGUGUGCUUGUACUCACAACUGUUCCAAUACCACUUGCAGCAGCGGGAUCACAUCUUGUGUAGUCAGGCAGGUGGAGGCAUUUCAAAGUGACCAAUGCUGAUGAAGAGUAGGUGUAGAACUCACCAGUUUUCUUAAGACAACAUCUCUAGCACAAAGUCUGUCAUAUGAUUUCCAUUCAGUUCAAUAGUCUACAACAGAUUAGAUAUGACAUAUGCUCAUGCAACAAUCAUUGUGCUAGAUGAACAUAUCGGUCCACAUCAAGCAUAUGACAACGAUAUGGACGUUUUCAUUUUGCCUUGAUGUAAUCGAAUUAUUGAUCAUUUCACCAAUUUUGUGGAUCAAUGUAUCGUUACACCCCAAACAAAAAGUCUGAAUUACGCUCAAAGUUGUUGGAGGGAUAAAUUCUAUUGCUUCUAAUGUAAGCAAUUUUUUAAAAAAAAGUGCAGAGUUCAAAAAGGUUGAGAAUAGCCUGUGUGUUACUCAAACUUCAGCUGGUGAUGAACAAGUUCCUUCAGGCAGAGAAGAGUGGCAGCUGGACAGGAAGUAGAUGUUUUUAAUAUUUGGCUUUAUCUUACUCCUGCCUCAAAGAUACUGAGCAGCAGCUCAACAUGCAAAUUAAGGAACUCCCAACAGGAUGCGCAGAACCUUUGGGAAUGCACAAGCUUCCCGACGAUCUCACUGUUCAACAGUGGGUGCGUUUGGAAAAGACGAUGUCCUGACUCAGUUUGACAUGAAAACUUGAAGCUCACUCCUCUAAUUUUCAAACAAAUUGUAAAUAAUAGCAUCUAUUAUUACUCAGACAGAAGUACUUGUGCUUUGGGGGAAAACGGUGGUAUUGGUGCAUCCCUUACUAAUCGCUGAUCCUGUUCAUUUCAUUUUCUGAAGUUUUUUAGUUGGCUUGCAUGCAGAUUAGUAGCACAGGCUGAAAACUGUAGCUUCUUUCACUCAAACAUAUUAAUGUGGUGAUAAAGACGGGAAGCAAGUUCUUCACAGCGUUUCAUUCUAUCCCCCCCCCCACCUCUCUUUGCAUGACAGAUUACUGCUCUGGUCUGCGCCAUUAUCCUCCUGAAGCAGCUGAAGUCAGUCCAUCAGGCGAUGGCCUCUUACUAUUCAGCUGUGUACUAAGAAAAAGCAGAAAAAAAAGGACUUUUGUCCUCCUCAUCCUCCUCUGCCCCAAAGACCAUCGCUGGAAAUCCAAACAGCAGAUCAGUGUUUACUUUUGUUUUAAAUUGCACCUAAACUGAUGAUUAAAGUUGUUAGCGACCAAUUUGUGUAAAAACAUACAUCACAGCCAUCCAAUGAGCCUAAAAUGUUCAUCUUUUCGUUUCAUUAAUAAGACGCAAACAGGAGCAGCAUUUUUUUAGUUCCACAAGCCUGUUUUACAUGAUCAUAUUUACUCUUCUGCUGCAUGCAUAGACAGCUUUCAGUGCUUGGAGUUUUGCCACAUUUGUUCUUUUUACGUUAUCAUACACAAAGAACUUGCUGAGUCACUAACAAAAUCACUGUGAAAAGAUAAAAAGGAAGCAUGUUACUAGAAUUCAAAUCUUUGUGUUUUCUUCUGUGGGCGAAGAUUUUUAAUUUGUGACCUGGAACAAAACGUGCCCUUCACACCUGCUACUUUACUUUGUAGAAAGUUCAUUCCAUUUUGUUUCAGUUAUGCUGAGGGGCGCAGGAUGUGUCAAAAWGUAAAACGUUAAGUUUGAAAUAAAGGUUUUGAAUUAGUGUUGUAAGCUGAGUCCACUGUGUUAAAACUAGUCUGAAAAAACAGUUUUUGUUGUAAUUGUUUGUGACCAACUAAAAGUUCAAGCCGAAUGCCUUUGACUGCUUUUGCCUUGUUUUGUACUGUGCAUCCAUGACUACUGCACUGCUUUAUAGUUUUAGAGCUAAAUAUUUAGUGGAAGAGUACACUUGUGCUUGUUUUCAUAAAAAUAAUAAAAACAC